CACCAUGACACUGGCAGCUAGCCUAGCAGGCUAACUUGGCUAAUCUGAUUUAUCGCCAGAGUUAAGCGCACGUAACGUUAGCCAGGAUUACCAGUUUUAGUUUUUCCAUAUCUAGCGUUUAGCGCAGUGUCUAUCUGACAUCAAAUAGCCACUCAUUCCAAGAAUGGCAUCGCUUGGGGAGUCUGUGCGGUUGGAAAGAGAUAUUAACCGUGCUAUUGAACUGCUUGAUAAGCUCCAGAGGACAGGGGAAGUUCCUCCCCAGAAGCUGCAGGCGCUGCAGAGGGUCUUACAGAGUGAAUUCUGUAACGCUGUCAGAGAAGUUUAUGAACAUGUAUAUGAAACAGUGGACAUCAACAGCAGUCCUGAGGUCAGGGCCAACGCCACAGCUAAGGCUACUGUGGCAGCUUUUGCAGCAAGUGAGGGACACUCACAUCCACGUGUUGUGGAACUGCCCAAGACAGAAGAAGGCCUGGGUUUCAACAUAAUGGGUGGAAAGGAGCAAAACUCACCUAUUUACAUCUCACGGAUCAUCCCAGGAGGCAUUGCUGACCGUCAUGGAGGCCUGAAGAGAGGCGACCAGCUUCUCUCUGUUAAUGGGGUGAGUGUUGAAGGUGAGCACCAUGAGAAAGCUGUGGAACUCCUCAAAGCCGCUCAGGGCACAGUAAAGCUGGUAGUAAGGUACACCCCCAAAGUCCUAGAGGAAAUGGAGUCACGCUUUGAGAAAAUGAGGUCGGCAAAGCGCCGGCAACAGAACAACUAUCCCCAGUAGGAUUUUUCCAUGUUGAUGCCCAGCUCCCAUGUCUCUGCUACUCUAGCCUUCUUGCCAUCUGUUCUGGUCUCUUUCUUAUCUCUCCUACCCAAGUUUAGUUUUAGUUGCCACUCACACAUACCGUAUAUUCUGCUUCUACCCCUCUAUGUAGCAUUUUGAAUAUUCACCAUUGUUACUGUACUAGACACUACGACUCUAGAUGAACACUAGAAUGAUUAUAACUGUCUGUGUAGGUGGUCUCUCACACGUGUGCAUUAUUUUUGAAUUGACAAUUUGAAUGCAACUUUGAGUACUUUUCAGACCAACUACAGAGCUCCUUUGACUGGAAAGGUAGUGUUUUUAAUUCUUUUAUCACAGCCACUACCAAGUGCCUCAGGGCAAACACGUUUAUCCUAUGUACUGUGUUCACUGUUCUUUUUUUUUUCUUUUUAAUUGUUGAAAUUCAAGUACACAUAAUUAAGUGCUUGUGGCUGGAAUCACUGCAAGUUUAGCAACUAUUAUUCUCAAAGAUCAUUUAAUUUGAUUAUAAAAUCCAGUUAAAUUUUAAUGGCCUCUUUACCUUUAUGUCCAGAGAAGCUUUGGAGGAUUUGAUAACAUUUUGAAUUUGUUAAAAAGAGAUAGUUACUAUUUAUCUUAGAUAUUAAUCUUAGAAGAUUUUGCUCUGGGCUUACCCACUAAGUUUUUUUUUUUUUUUUUUACAUCAUACCACACUAUAAAAAGCUCACAUGGUGCUGUGGGGUUUGAGUAGCUCAGCAGGAACUGUAAGUGAUGUAAUGGGGUCUCAGCAACUCAUGAGCUAAAUUCCUGCCACCACACAUACACUCAUUUUUACUUGUAUCGAAGUAAUAAACCUUCACAAGCAUAAACUCUCUAGAGUCAGCAGGACACGAGAUUAAGCUUUGAUUAAAUUAUCUUGAUUUUUCUUUAGCCAGGUACAGUAAUUAAUUAGAAGUCAGUUACUUAACACGUCUUUGAUCUUUGCUAAAAACUGCUAGUUAGUAUUGUUUGCAUCAAGUAGAAAGCAAAGAAAUGUAAGACAUUCAUAAUAACAAGCAAUCGCUUUAUGUCACAGUAAUGCCUAAUGUGAGUUUUCAUCAUUAUUUUGAUGAAUGAAUGAAAUGGCAGAUGUUGAUAUUUCACAUACUGUAUAUGGCCAUUGCAUAUUCAUCAAGAUGGUGUUUGGGGCAUCAUGUUGUAAAUCUGUUGCAUCAGCAUAUCGUUCAUUUCUAUUUUUUUUUGUCUUUUUAACAUUUUGUUACUCCACGUCUUACUUAAAAACAAAAACGUGUCUUAUAUGAAGCAUUUACUACUUUGAUCUUUUAUAUCCUGGCAUCAUUGAGAUCUUUAAAGGUUAAUCGUGCACAUAAUACCAGGGCUGGGAUAAGGAUUAACAUUCAAAGACAAGAGUAAGGCCGUAUAUUUCAAUAAUUUAGUAGAGCAAUAAGUUGGAACAUUUUCUUACCUUUGUGUCCCUACAGAUUCAUUGCCAUAAAGUACCUACACAUUUUUGUCUUUUUUCUUUUAUUAUUACUCACAGUCGUCUUUGCUUCAUUAAAGCCAAAAUUUCAGUGGCAACCAUGUACUCUGUAUUUAAUAUACAAACUGCACAUAAUUUUAAAAUAAGAACGAUAAUGAUAAACAUUUUAUUACUGAAUACUUCCAGUCAUUGGCAGUUCUGCUAUGCGGUUUUAAGCAGGUUAAUAUCAAACCAGUGUCAAUAACCCUCACUAGACCUUAAUUGUAGGUUUUCCUCCCAUGUUUACAUAUACAGCACAUAUAAACAAAGUUUUGUUAGUGUUUGCAGAAUGCAUGAUUAGCUAUCAUAUUGAUAUUCCUCGUGCAUCAUGAGAAAACAUCUUGUGAUGUGGAACAGUAACGAUUGACAAGUCCAAAUCCUACGCUUAAUCCUCCGUGCAACAUGUCAGUCAAACAAGUCCGCACACCAUGGUUUUCUUUAAAAAACUUCAAUGUACAAAAUCAAACAAAAGUGAGUAUUGAUUUAAAGCGAAAAAAUUAAGUAAAUUUCAAUAUAAUGAUUGUCAGGUAGAAGCCCUUCCUCGCUCAGUCUUUCAGUGUGUGGGACAACAUACUCCCCAGAACAAAUUUUCAGUUUUUUAUUCACAGAAGUCUUUUGUUUCCAUGGUAGAUGCAAUAUCCUGUACAUAGCAUAUAGCAUACCGUAAAGUAGGCUUUAGCUGCGUAAGCCAUACUAUUGUCCACAGUCUCAGGAUUAGCACAUCACAUACUUGAGACAGUCAGGCGUUAACGAUGAAGAUAGUUGUUAUUUAUAUAACUGGUGUAGAAUUUAAAUGGAUAGUGGAUAAAGUAACAGAAACACAUGGCUGUGUAUGAAAAGCAGGAAAACUUUACCCCCAGUCUAGCUUCAGUCUCUAUUUGAAUGGUGUCAUACAUGUCCUGAACCGUUUGUCCUCUGGUGUCGAACCGUACUUCAGAAAGUAAUUCCUUCUUAAUGCAGUGUAGUUUUAAAUGGAAAUGAAGUUGAGUGUGCCACUUUGCGGCUGUUUUGGCGUAUGCUGUCAUGACUGACAUGGCAUAAUGGCGACGGCUGUACAGUUAUUGUGUCCAAGGCGUCUGAAUUUAGGUCACUGAUAGUUUCUAUUUGCUUGUAUAGCUGCUUUUUUGAUGUAGUUAUUCCGAAGCUUUUCACUUUCUUUUUUUUUUAAUCAUUUGGUGUUUUUUGUUGUUUUAUCCACCAUCUCUUAACAUACAAUAAGGUUCAAUAAGGGGUGACUGCCUAUGACAUCAAUUGCUCUAGCAAACUGUAAAUAGCUCAUUCAAAAGAAAUGAAGAUCAAAGGUACUUUUUGGCAUAAAAAAAAUUAUUAUUUUGUUUUCUCCAAAAUAUUCUUGCGUGUUUCAGUGAUCUGGAAAUUUGUCCUUAAAAAAGAUGAAAAAGAAAUGCAUCACAAAGUGCUUAAAAUAUCAUUAUCAGUGUAAGGUUAGGGAAGCUUUGGUUUUUGUUUUUUUGUUUUUUCCUUCCACAAGAAAGUGAGUAUCACUCGGUGAUGAUUUGAUCAUUUUUACUUAAUAAUCGGAGCUAAAAGUGUAGUUUGCAAACAAGUUGCUCUUUGCCAUCUUAGUUUUAUUUGUUGCAGUCUCUACAUAUGUCCAUCAUUACCCUCCAUGUCAACUCAGUCAGCUGUUCCUUUAAAUGUCAGGUUUACCUGCGGGGCUGUCUUCACUCAAGCCAGUGGAAGGUGUCAUUGACUUUUAUCGAAUUGUAUAUUACUUUAAUAUUAAAAAAAAAAAAAAAGAUGAUUGAAGAUGAGCACAUAGCCUGGAUGUAUUUGGUAGGCGUGCUCCUUCUAACCCAUUACUCCUUACUAAAAAUGCUGAAUUUUGGGACAAAGUAUAAAACAAAACACACGCAGUACCGUAAAAACUGAAUGCAAAUCAACUAUCUAUGCAAGGUCAUUGAAAAACUUUGAAAAUCUCCUGUAUUGGUGCAAAAUAGUUUUUAUUACAGAAUGUUAUUGAAAAUUACUACUUUAAGGCUGUGUGGACAAACGUCUAAUGUAAUACAACUUGUUCAACAAUUUUGGGACCCGCUGCACUUAAACACAUUGGAGUUACAUAGUGUUCCGAGACAUUUACCAUGUUUGUUAUUGUAACAUUCUCAUGUUGAUCACCAUCAAGUAACCGUUAAAAUUUCCAUGUGAUAUCGGCCUUGCUAUCUAAUUAAUGAUUGUUCAGAUGCAUGUAGAAGAAUAGGCUUAUGUGAAGGUGAGGUUAGUAGUAGACCAUGUCAUAGGCUACUUUGAGCAUACCUUUGUUUUGGGGCAGAAAAUUUAGCUGAGGAGUUUGGUUGUACAUAAAAGGUUGAAAUGUCUUAAUAUAAUGUAUAGUUUGAACCUUAAUUGUGUUUUAUCUAACAGUAAAUAUCUAGCUGCACUGCUCAGACACCUGCACAAGUAUAGUAAAUCAUAAAAAACUCUAAUGAGACUUGGUAUUGAUAUUGCACAGUCACACUCUCCACUGAAUGUCACUGACCAUGAUCUUAGUUACAAAAUUUUGUGAAGUACCCUUCAACUUUCUACCCGUUUUCCUUGUCUAUAUAUUGGAAUGGUCGAUAGAGUAUUUUUUAUAAUAGUUUUCUUUUGAUAUUUUUCUCAAUUUUUAUAAGUGGUUUUCCUAAAAAUAAAUACCAGGGAUAAUUGGUACUUCCACUUUGACUGUGUACCAGGGCCAUAUCAGUAAAACCUCUCUGAAAUGCUGCACUGAUGUAGAAUGGCUGAUUAGAUCUUGUGGCUGUAUGAACUUACAGACUAAGAAGAGAAACCCUCCUAGAUCAGCGCUUCUUUUCUGGGAUCCGAACUGAUUUUUUUCUUUUCCUUUUAGUACCAAGACCAAAUUUGCAACAUUUGUGAAAAUUUUGAUAAUGUUUUAAAAUGUUUUAGUCAGUGCUUGUUUAGGAUUAUUACCUGUAAACUGUGUUGUGUUAUUUUGUGUUCUAUGGUUUGUUAUCUAAUUUACUGUGUUACAUUGAUGUGGAAUGUAAAAUGUUGUGAUGUAGAACAUAAUAAUUGGACUGGCUGAAUAAACAGUGCUUAAAUUUA